AUCAGGAGGAGCUCAAGCCACAGCCUCCUGUCUGCCACGACCGGGGUGUACGGGGCAACAUGAGCUGGUCGAGGCAUGUGGGCAAGAUCCGGAAACGCCUGGAAGAGGUCAAGAGCCAGUGGGUCCGGCCGACCAGGGCUGAUUUCAGCGACAAUGAGAGUGCCCGGCUGGCCACAGACGCCCUCUUGGAUGGGGGGCCCGAGGCCUACUGGCAGGCACUCGGCCAGGAAGGUGAGGUUGACUUCUUGUCCUCGGUGGAGGCCCAGUACAUCCAGGCCCAGGCCAAGGAGCCCUCUUGUGCCCUGGAGCCCCCAGGAGGAGCAGAGGCCAGUCCCCGGGGACUGGACUCCUGCUCCCUGCCAUCAGGAACUUAUUUCCCCGUGGCCUCUGAGGGCAGCGAGCCGACCCUGUUGCACACCUGGGCCUCAGCCCAGAAGCCCUACCUGAAGGAAAAGUCCAGCGCCACCGUGUACUUCCAAGCGGACAAGCACAACAACAUCAGAGACCUCAUUCGGCGCUGCAUCACCCGGACCAGCCAGGUCCUGGCCAUCCUGAUGGAUGUGUUCACGGAUGUGGAGAUCUUCUGUGACAUUCUAGAGGCGGCCAACAAGCGUGGGGUGUUCGUCUGUGUGCUCCUGGACCAGGGAGGUGUGUCGCUCUUCCAAGAGAUGUGUGACAAAGUCCAGAUCUCUGACUGCCACCUCAAGAACAUCUCUAUCCGGAGUGUGGAAGGAGAGGUGUACUGUGCCAAAUCAGGCCGGAAGUUUGCUGGCCAAAUCCAGGAGAAGUUCAUCAUCUCGGACUGGAGAUACGUCCUGUCGGGGUCGUACAGCUUCACCUGGCUCUGCGGACACGUCCACCGGAACAUCCUCUCCAAGUUUACGGGCCCAGCGGUGGAGCUGUUCGACGAGGAGUUUCGCCACCUCUAUGCCUCCUCCAAGCCUGUGAUGGGCCCAAAGUCCCCCAGGCUGGUGGCACCCCUGCAGCCUGGAGCAGGCCGCAGCCCCCCUUCCGGCCGCCUCAGUGGCAGCAGCCGCUCCGCCAGCGACCACACGUCCUCCAACCCCUUCAGCAGCCACUCGACGGGCAGCAACCCCCAGAACCAGAGUCUGUCGGCGUCCUCGGGGCCCAGCAGUCCCCUGGCCCCCAACCCCGCUCUGCCCCUCAGGCUUCAGCCCCACCCUGGCCCGUGGGGGGCCCUGAGCCCACAAGCCCCCUUCUCCCUGAGGCCCCACGACAGCACGCCAGCUCCCUACAGCAACCUCAACGCCUACAGGCCCACGCGGCUGCAGCUGGAGCAGCUGGGCUUGGUGCCCAGGACGGCCCACAUCUGGAGGCCAUUUCUACAAGCCUCCCCUCAUUUCUGAUGGGUCCCUUCCCCCAGCAGCCCUCCAGGGGCGGGGCUGGACAUGCCGGGACUGUCUGGCCCAAGGACCUCCACCUCAAUGACUAGCAGCUUUGAACUUGCUUUUCUUUGAACUAAAAGUGCUCGGACAACAUCGUUGCCUGUGUUUGUUCCCAGGCCUGUGACCAUUCACUUGCCAACACCCACCAGUCCUGGGGGUUUCCGCUCUAGUUUGGCCUAUGGAGCACAUUUGAGGAAGUUCCAGGGAAGUGGGGAGUGGGGAGCUAGAGGACAAAAGCAUGAAAAUAGAGUCCUUUUCUUCCAAAGAGCAGCCAGCACUUUAAUAAUCAUGUUUCCUGAAUCUGUGUAAUGUAAGAAGAGGCAGAUGCAGCCCAAGUUUACAUAUGAGUAAACUGAGGCACUAAGAGGUAGAUUGUGUGACCAGGGUCCUCCUGUUUCCCAGUGCCCAGGGAUGGCCUACUGUACAAAAGGUAUGGGAACAUUCAGGGUGUUUCUGGUAAAGGUGGUAAAGGUAAUACUCAGGUAAUACCGAGGUACCCCUGGGCCUGAUGAAUUAGGGUUAAAACCCCUAGUGUGGGGUCGGUUGAAAUUGUAGCCCCCAGGGAUGGGGCAAGCCAAAGCGUCUAGGGGAUGGAGUUGGGCAAAGCCGUUCAUCAACUCAGGUCCUGGCUUCGGGGAGACUUGGGCUGGUCUCGAGGUCCUUGAGUCUGGGCCAGUCCCAGGGGUUUGCAGUGUCAGGAUCUGGGAAUGGCCCUACAGCAAUUGCCCAGGGCAGCCCAAGGCAACCAGGAAAGGUUCAGCAUUGACCUUGCAGCUCCCUUGUAGUCAGACCCAGGGGCCUCCAUUUGGCUUGUUGACGCCUGAAGCAAGGAUGCCGGGCCCCCCCAGGCCCCAUCAUUCAUUCAUGGUCAGAUUCACAGCACACCCUGUAUUCCGGAGGUGACCCCAGAUCUCAGGGGCGCAGCCUAGCUGGGAUACAAGAAUACGGCAAGCACAGGGAGGACCAGGCAGUCCAGUUUGGAGAGGUCAGGGGACACUUACCAGAGAAGUGACAUUUAACAAGACCUGACGAACAAAGGCCUUAAAAGCGGAGGGAGGGCUGGGACCCAGGCUGCGCCAGCCUGAUGGAAGCAGGCACAGAAGCCCGGCAAGCAUCUUCCUGUUUCUUUUUAAAGAUUUUGAGAGAGAGAGAGAGAGAGACACUGCACGAGCAGGGAGGAGAGGGAGAAGGGCUCUCUGCUGAGCAGGGAGCCCAGACACAGGACUCGAUCCCAGGACCCCGGGAUCAUGACCUGAGCUGAAGGCAGACGCUUAACCGACUGAGCCACCCAGGCGCGCUACAUCUUCCUGUUUCUAUGACCUCCCCUUGCCACCAACCUCAGCAAAUGUCUUCCUGUUGCCCGUCUCUGGCUCAGCAGCUUUGCCUUUGCCACAGAGAGCUGGGAGGACAGAGCCCUUCCUCCUGUUGGCUUCGGAACCCAGCAGCUCACGGCAUCCCAAGUCAUGCUCUCCAGAGGGUACCUCCCUUCAGCCCAUCCUUGUGUUUGCCCAGUGUUUGGCAAAGGCAACGGUGUCUUUGCUUCUGUUUUCUUUUAAAAUAGUAUUCCUGUCCUCAUUUCAUUUUUUUUCUCCUCCUUGGUUUCCGAAAUUCCAACAACAG